UUGCAUGUCUAUUGAUUGUAGUUUGGUUUGCCUAUUACUAUCCAUCAAGUUCAUUUUCCCCCCAAGAUAUCUGGAAAUGAUUAUGAAUCUUUUAGAUUUAUGUUUUACUUAACAGUUUUAUGAUAGUGACUAGCCAUUAAUCAAACUUUAUACACUAAAUAAGAUUAGGAUCAUGUUAAGUAUUCUGCUUUGGUUUAUACUUUUAAAAGAAUUCUAUCUCUUAUUAAAAUAUCACAAUUUUUCAAAAAUUUGCUAGCAAAUAAGUAAAAUCACUACUUUUACUGUUUAAUGUUUUCAACAGAAAAUUUAUUAUAAUAUAAAGAUAAAGAAAGUUAAUUAAUAAAAAAACUGAUUAGUUUUAAACAUUUAUCAUAGAUACUUGGCAUACUGUUACUGUAGAUAGAUAUGAAAGAAGUGCCAAUUUAAUAGUUGAUGAUAUAGAAGUUGUAAAUCAAUCACCUGCUGGAAUGAGAGCAUUGGAUGUUAAUACCAACUUUUUUAUAGGUGGUAUACCAGAAUUUUUGUUAACAACCACUAAUAUUAUUGAUAAUUCAUCAUUUUAUGGAUGUAUAAGUUGGUUUGAAGUCAAUUCUAAAAUAUAUAAUUUAACACCUAAAGGAGCCCUUAAUGGACUUAAUAUAAAUAACUGUAGGGGGAAAAUAUGUGGACAUCACAUAUGCAGAAAUAAAGGCAUAUGUAUUGAUCAUCUAGAUGGAAAAUUUUCUUGUAAAUGUUUAUCAAAAUUUACUUUUAGAAUUAUUCAGGACCACUGUGUGAGACACAUAUAUUAUGUUUGAAACACAAGUGCCAAAAUGGAGGUACAUGCAUUCCAAAUUUAUCAAAUGGAAAUUAUUCCUGUGAUUGUUCAUUAGGAUGGACAGGAUCAAAAUGUGAAAUUGG